UCGAUUUUUCGCAGUGCGUUCGCGCGGGUCCAUAAAAUCACAUUCAGAUUCAUCUUGUACCACACAAGUUGGUGGCACUAACUUAUUCCAUUUAAAAAUAGUCCGGUUUAGAUAGAAUAGAAAAAUGGGUAAAGUGGCUGCGAUCGGUAUCGAUUUGGGUACCACCUAUUCAUGCGUUGGAGUGUGGCAACACGGAAAAGUGGAGAUCAUUGCUAAUGAUCAGGGUAACAGGACAACACCCAGUUAUGUUGCAUUUACAGAUACCGAAAGGCUUAUUGGAGAUGCGGCCAAAAGUCAGGUGGCUAUGAAUCCAAAGAACACUGUGUUCGACGCCAAGAGAUUAAUUGGAAGAAGAUUCGAUGAUUCGAAAAUUCAAGAAGACAUGAAACACUGGACUUUCCAAGUGGUAAACGAGGCUGGUAAACCCAAAAUUCAAGUUGAAUACAAAGGGGAAGUCAAACGGUUUGCACCAGAGGAGAUUAGCUCAAUGGUUCUAACAAAAAUGAAGGAAAUUGCCGACACCUACUUGGGUGGCAAAGUUAGUGAUGCCGUUAUCACAGUCCCAGCUUACUUCAACGAUUCCCAGAGACAGGCUACCAAAGAUGCUGGCACCAUUGCCGGUUUGAAUGUUCUUAGAAUAAUUAACGAACCAACUGCCGCUGCUCUAGCUUAUGGCUUAGACAAGAAUCUUAAAGGAGAAAAGAACGUUUUGAUUUUCGAUUUGGGUGGUGGCACUUUCGAUGUUUCAAUUCUGUCCAUCGAUGAGGGAUCCCUGUUCGAGGUAAAGUCAACAGCUGGCGACACUCAUCUAGGAGGUGAAGACUUCGAUAACCGUUUAGUGAACCACUUUGUAGAGGAAUUUAAGAGGAAAAACAAAAAGGACCUAUCAGGAAAUACCAGGGCCUUAAGACGUUUAAGAACUGCGUGUGAAAGGGCAAAGAGAACACUAUCAUCAAGCACUGAAGCUAGUUUAGAAAUCGACGCUUUGCACGAUGGUGUUGACUUUUAUUCUAAAAUUACCAGAGCUAGAUUCGAAGAACUGUGCAUGGACCUCUUCAGGUCUACUUUACAACCUGUGGAGAAAUCCUUGUCCGAUGCCAAACUCGACAAAGGUGCCAUCCAUGACGUUGUUUUAGUUGGAGGUUCUACUAGAAUUCCGAAAAUACAGAAGAUGUUGCAAGAUUUCUUCUGCGGAAAAUCCUUGAACUUAUCCAUUAACCCAGAUGAAGCUGUAGCUUAUGGUGCCGCUGUGCAAGCAGCAAUUCUUAGCGGAGACACCAGUUCCCAAAUCCAAGAUGUUCUACUGGUAGACGUCGCUCCUCUUUCAUUGGGCAUUGAAACUGCUGGAGGUGUAAUGACCAAAAUUGUAGAAAGAAACUCAAGAAUUCCUUGUAAACAACAACAAACAUUCACCACAUAUUCCGACAAUCAAAACGCUGUAACCAUUCAGGUAUUUGAAGGCGAACGAGCAAUGACCAAAGAUAACAACCUUCUGGGAACGUUCAACCUUACAGGAAUUCCACCAGCACCCAGAGGAGUACCUAAAAUCGAAGUAACAUUUGAUCUAGACGCCAACGGAAUUUUAAAUGUGUCCGCCAGAGACAGCAGCACGGGAAAAUCUGAAAAGAUCACGAUCACCAAUGACAAGGGAAGACUUUCUAAAGCAGACAUCGAUAGAAUGUUAGAUGAAGCGGAAAAAUACAAAGCUGAAGAUGAAAAACAGAAAGAACGCAUCACUGCCAGAAAUCAACUUGAAGGUUACAUUUUUAGUGCCAAACAAGCUGUAGAGGACGCCGCCUCUGGAAAACUGUCGGAGGAUGACAAAAAGUUAGUUCAGGAUAAAUGCAGUGCAGCUUUAUCGUGGUUGGAUUCUAAUCAAUUAGCCGAAAAAGACGAAUUUGAAGACAAACUUAAAGAACUUCAAAAAGAUUGUUCUCCGAUUAUGAUGAAGCUUCAUCAAGGCAACAACCAAAGUGGAGGACAAGGUGGUGCUCAAGGUGGAAAGGGACCAACAGUUGAAGAAGUGGAUUAAUUUAAAUAUUUAUAUUAUUUGUUAUAAUUAAUUUUAACUAUUUUUAUUUUAUAAUAUUUAUGUAAAGGAAAUAUAUACAAAUAUUCCUAAA